AUGUCUCUUCACAUUCCACACCGAGAGAAGCUUAAUGGCGCACACGCUGCGACCAAGGCCGUGAUUCUGGUCGGAGGUCCUUCAAGAGGCACAAGAUUCAGGCCAUUGUCGCUGGAUCUGCCCAAGCCUCUCUUCGAUGUCGCCGGCCAUCCCAUUGUCUGGCACUGUCUCACCGCCAUAGCGAAGGUACCCCACAUCCAAGAAGUUUACAUGAUCGGAUACUACGACGAAUCUGUUUUCCGCGACUUUAUCAAAGAUGCCUCCAAGGAAUUUCCCCAGCUUAAAAUCCUAUACCUCCGGGAAUACCAGGCGUUGGGAACAGCUGGAGGACUCUACCACUUCCGCGAUGCAAUUCUUAAAGGACGGCCUGAGCGUUUCUUCGUUCUCAACGCUGAUGUCUGCUGUUCGUUCCCCUUGAACGACAUGCUCAAGCUUUUCGAAGAGCGCGAUGCGGAAGCCGUUAUUCUUGGUACGCGGGUCAGCGAGGAUGCUGCUACCAACUUUGGGUGUAUCGUCUCGGAUUCGCACACACGUCGUGUACUUCAUUAUGUCGAGAAACCCGAAUCGCACAUCUCGAACCUCAUCAAUUGCGGCGUAUACCUUUUCUCCACCGACUGCAUCUUCCCCGCCAUCCGCUCCGCUAUCAAAAAGCGCACCGAACGCCCCCGCCUCGUCUCGUACCCCUCCUCCGAAAACCUCGAAUCCUCAUUCUUCCAGGACGAUGAAGAAACGGACAAGGGAAAUGAGGUGUUGAGAUUGGAACAGGAUAUCUUGAGUGAAUUGGCAGAUAGCAAGCAGUUCUUUGUCUAUGAGACUAAGGAUUUCUGGAGACAAAUUAAGACAGCUGGCAGUGCCGUUCCGGCUAAUGCGCUGUAUUUGCAGAAGGCGUGGCAAUCCGGCUCCACCGAGUUGGCCAAGCCUUCUGCGAAUAUCCUUCCUCCUGUUUUCAUCCAUCCUACAGCCCAAGUUGAUCCUACUGCCAAGCUAGGCCCCAAUGUCUCGAUUGGCCCAAGAGCCGUCAUUGGUGCUGGAGCUCGGGUCAAGGAGUCGAUUGUCCUCGAGGACUCGGAGAUCAAGCAUGACGCCUGUGUUCUAUACUCAAUUAUUGGAUGGAACAGCAGAGUCGGAGCCUGGGCUCGUGUUGAGGGGACCCCAACUCCACUGAACAGUCAUACGACGAGUAUUGUCAAGAACGGGGUCAAGGUCCAAAGCAUCACGAUUCUUGGGAAGGAGUGUGGCGUUGGUGAUGAGGUUCGCGUGCAGAACUGUGUGUGUUUGCCAUUCAAGGAGUUGAAGAGGGUAUGCUAA